CCAGAGUUGGUCAUUUCUCGCACUCAAGCUUAAAAAGAGCUAUUUCUAGUGCACAAAAGAGAAGUGUGCUUUGAUUCUCUUUAGUGUAAAUGAGACUUUGUGCACCACACGGAAGUUCUCCCAUGUACCAUAUAUCUAGUGCACUUUGAUCGUUACCAGGGGAAGUGUUAUUUACUUCACUCUCGAUCCCACUCUCCAUCAAUUGAGCUUCAAAUUUUCAUGCAAUAAGGUAGAAGUUUGUGAACCGUAGACCUCGCAGGACGUCCAAAAUCAGUAUGACGGAGAGCCAAAAACGGAAAGCUAUCGACAUUCAAGCAUUUUUUUCCAAGAAAAAAGUUGUCAACGAUGCUGGAGAGGAGAAGACGAUAACCACUUGUCUGCUAUGCGGCGAAGCAACGAAAACUUUCAAGUGCGAAACUAAGUUCAAUCUCUCUCGGCAUAUUGUAACUUCCCACAAGGCAAAGGCAACAGAAAUAGGUCUUCUUACGGAGGAAGAAUCGAUGAAGAGCCAAGCCGACGCGAAACAAAAGGUGGUUAUCUGGAUUGACCCGAACGUCUACGUUACCUCCAUGGUGCAAUGGGUUACAGAAGGAAACCUUCCCUUUCGUUUUUUCGAUACUCCCUACGCCCGGAACAUCCUUGAACCAAUGGAGAAAGGCCUGAAGCUACCUCACGUCGGGAGAAAAAGUAUUGUCAAGUAUCUGGAAUCAGUGGAGCAGCAUAUUGUACAGUGCAUUACUGAUAAACUUCGUGGGAAUAUGCUCAGCCUCAAGAUGGACCUUGCCUCCCGAAAAGGAAGAUCUGUUCUCGGAAUAAAUGCCCAAAUAAUCGAUAACGGCAAGAUUACCGUGUAUACGCUUGGCAUGAUUGAAAGAUUCGAGCGAAACACUGCCGAAAGUCUGCGAGCUGAAAUUUUGCUGUUACUCAAGAAGUUCAAUGUUGGUAUCACUCAGAUAUACACAGUCACAACUGACAACGGAAGCAACAUGAUUAAGGCAACCAAAUUAUUGAAAAACGAACAGUCAUUGCUAAUGGCUGAGCUGGAGGAUCCUAAAACGACGAGCGAUGAAGAAACCGACAUUGAUUAUGCAAGCUUCUACUCCGGUGAUGUUGACCACGAAUGCGAUACAGACGCAGAGUUUUUGGAUCGGGACGACGAUGACACAGAAUCUUUGAAGAGUUUCUCAGCCGACGAAGUUGAAUACACCGAAGAAAUUGAUGACUUGGAAAACCUCAAUAACGCACAUCUAACGGGGGUGAGAUAUGCUGCCCAUGAUGUACAGCUCUCGGUUUACGACGUUUUCAAAAAGAAGUCCGUGACAAUCUUUCUGGCCAAAGCGAGGAAACUAGUCAAAACCCUCCGGGCACAGCCGUACGGAAAUUCGUUUCGUUUGGAUAAAUCCAAAAAACUGCCAUUUUUCGAUGGAGACACUCGUUGGGGUUCGAGUCACCUGAUGGUUGAUUGCCUACGACACCAAAAAGACUUCAUCAUGUCAUUACUCACCCCGGAUCUUAAGAAGCAGUUUGGUGCUAGAUUUUGGUCGACCGUGGAUCAGUUUGUUCAAGCAACUAAGCCUGUAUAUGUCUUGACCAAGAGAAUACAGGAGGAAGCAUUGACAAGUGGAUCUUUCUAUCUGUACUGGAAAGAAUGUACGCUUGAGCUUGAAGAUAUUUGCUCAUCCCUAGCUAAACAACUCAACAGAGCUUUGAAAGAUCGUCAACACAUGUGGAUGGACAAUGAAGCCUUUUUAGCAGCCCUGUAUAUGGAUCUCCGCCUUAAUGAUUUCAAUCCCCCCGUCUUGAAUCCUGAUCAACAAGAAAGAGCAAUUAAGCACAUUCUCAAGACUUGGGAAAACAUGAAGAUGAUUCGUGGUAGUGAGGCACAAUCAACCACAGACGCUGGCGACCCCGUGCCUUCGACUUCAUCUGCAACCAGCCUGGGGAGACUGACGAGGGUCGAACAGUUGCUGUCGGUGAACCGUCAGGCAAGAAAAAGCGAUUUCAAUGACAUGGAAAAACGAAUUCGCAGACUACGGCUUGAACCAUCUCUGCCACUUGAUACGGACAUAAUUUCAUGGUGGCAAGUGUCUAAGCCUAAGGAGAAGGAUCUAGUUAUGCUGGCAUUGGUGAUAUUGCAGAUUCCGUGUACUCAAGUAUCGGUAGAAAGAGCUUUCAAUGGACUUGGACAGAUUCUAACCAGGUUUCGAACAAGACUUGGUCCUGGAACACUUGGAAACGUUUUGUUCGUGAAGGCUAACAGUGAUUUACUAAGAGAGCAUACCUAUAAACUUAAACCAUAAUUAGUAUUACAUUUGAAAACUUGAAUUUUGCAUUUAAUAAACACUUAGUUAAUAAUUUUUUGGCGUUUCUUUUUUGACCGAUGUAGUUGUCUCCAAAUAAGAGCCCAAAAUUUAAAAUUCUUCGCCUGUAGUUCCAAAUCAUCGAUGACCAAGACUGGUUGGCUAAAGAUGGGUCUUUUCAAAUAGCCCCUGCAAUCCUCAAUGCACAUGGUACUGGUUUUGGACUUCUCUUCUUUUGAUAAGUGUAAGAGAAGAUAAAUCUCUUUCUCUUUAGCUUGAUCGCACAAAUGUGUGCAUCGUAGUAGGAGUGAAAACCACAAGAGCAAUGUGAACGAAGUAAGCCACGUGUGCCGCGUGUAAAAUAUACACUUAUCUAAGAGUUCUCCUCAGAGUUGACCAACCCUGG